GCUAUGAAUUCUGUAAAUGCAAGUUUUUACCAGAAUAUUUCCAUUAUUCGUCCUGAAUACUUUUUCAUCAGUGGACUUUCAGGUAUACCGUACAGCAAUUAUUACUAUAUAUUUUUAUUUGUUAUUUAUUUUAUAUCUGUAAUUGGGAACUCUGUAGUCCUUCUCAUUAUAGCUGUUGACCGGAGUCUGCACAGUCCAAAGUACAUUGGUGUGUUUAACUUGGCCUUGGCUGAUAUUGGUGAAACUAAUGCACUGAUUCCUAACAUGAUGAACACUUUUCUGUUUGACUCACAGUACAUCUCCUACAAUGCUUGUUUGGUGAACAUGUUUUUUGUGUUCCUCUUUAGUUCUGUACAAAGUUUCACUCUUGUGGCUUUGGCAUAUGAUCGCUUCAUUGCAAUUUGUUUGCCAUUAAGAUAUCAUGCUAUUGUCACUAAUAGUAGUAUGAUUUUAAUUUUCUCUGCAAUAUGGGUAUUUAAUUCUUCUGUGGUGGCCUCUAUGGUGUCUAUGAUACCCCGACUUUCCUUCUGUGAAUCCAACAAAAUACCAAGUUAUUUUUGUGACCAUGGACCAUUAUUUAGGUUGGCAUGUAAUGAUGCCAGAUAUAGUGAGUUUUUUGCUUAUUUGAUCUCCGCUUUGUACAUUACGCUGCCAAUGGUCAUUAUUGUCCUUUCCUAUCUGCACAUUUUUAUUGCUUUGAUCAAAAUUACAACUUGGGAAGGACGGUUAAAAGCAUUGAAGACCUGUGUGUCUCACCUGUUGUUAGUGGGAAUAUUUUUCCUUCCAAUAUACUGCACAUACAUAUCACAAAUUUUGAUUCCUCUUACAACUAAUGCCAGAGUCAUCGGCACAUCUCUGUCGUAUGCCGUUCCACCUUUGUUAAAUCCUAUUAUUUAUGUCUUUAACACAGCUGAAAUCAAAGACAUACUUCGAAAAGUGUGUAAAAAGAGAUUGACACCGGUUGGUGGGAAUAUUUCAAAAUGA